UCGCGUCGCAAAUAGCAGACACUGCAGACGGCGACGGCUGCGCAGCAUGGAGAGGUACAGGGGACGCGUGGCCAUGGUGACGGGCGCCAGCGCUGGCAUCGGCGCCGCCAUCACGCAGGCCCUGCUCAGGGAGGGGCUCACCGUCGUGGGCGUGGCCCGGAGGGCGCACAAGGUUAAGGAGCUGGAGCUGAAAGAUGCACCGGGCAAACUGCACGCCAUAGAAGGAGAUGUCAGUAGUGAGGAGAGCAUCAUGUCCGUCUUCAGGUGGAUUCAAGACAACCUGGGUGGCGUCGACGUUCUCAUCAACAACGCUGGAGUCUUAGCAGAAGCAUCUCCGUCUUCUGGAAAGACGGAGGACUGGAAGCGAAUCCUGGACGUGAACGUGUUGGGUCUGAGCAUCUGCACCAGGGAGGCCGUGCAGGACAUGCUGAAGAGAGGAGUCGACGACGGCUUCAUCAUCCACAUCAACAGUGUGGCGUGCCACAUUCCCACAUUCGACGAGCUGUACGCCAUGUACUCCGCCAGCAAAUACGCUGUCAAGGCGCUGCUCGACGGACUGCGUCUCGACCUGGUCGCUAGGAAGAGCAACAUCCGUGUCGGGCAAAUAUCUCCCGGCCUAGUUAUCACGGAACUUUUUGACAAUUUGACAAAAUUCUCCAAAGACGUAGUCCUGGCGAUGGCGCACUUGCUACCAGAGGACGUGGCAGCGGCCGUGGUGUACAUGCUGUCCCAGCACCCGCGCGUGCAGGUUUACGACAUCAUAUUACGGCCCACUGGAUCGGCGUUUUAGCUCAAGAUGUCACAGCUUUUUCUGGUUUCGAGAAGAUGAGCGUAUCCAGAAAUUAUAAGCCUCUAGAAGCAACAUGCAUUUGAUUGUUCAUUACACUAUUUUUGUUUGCCUUAGAAUUUGUUACCUUGAGCUCCCUGUAUGACUUUAAGAUUUUCAUAAUUGUAAUACGCUACAACAGUAUUGAGAAUUUGAGAAAUGAAUCAAUCCAUAAAAGGACAGUAGUAAGUUUUGACACUGAAACUAAUGUACAUACUACUUUUGAGCUCUCAACAAAUACUACGACCUAACAUCUUAGAACUAACUCCUAGCAGGCGUAAAGAUAUUAACUUCAUAAAAGAACAAAAUGGAAGCAGUAAAGAGCAAUCAACCUCAAACAGUGUGACACUCGUCUUUCAUUCUGUAACAAGAUGAACUUUGCUAUACAUUAGUGCGUGUGUGUGUAUAAAUUUAUGUGCACUUGAAUUACCUUAUGUGAAGCAACUGUUAAAUACGCGUCGAAAUAAUGAUGUAUAGGGUGAAAUAAAGAUAGUGGUGUACUGUCAUACGCAAAAGACUUAUUUUCUGUGUUAAACGAAAUGGGUUAAAAUAAAAAGAAACAUUUACUGCUUC